AUGUUUUUUAUAAAAAUAUACCUUGUUGCCUCUCUUUCACACUUUCUCUCCGACUCAGCAAUGUCACUGCCCCCUCUCUUUCUUCUUCAUCAUCUUUCUCCAUCAGCAACCCCCUCUCCCCUCUCUCUUUCUCUAAGCAACAAUCUCAUUGCCCCUUUUUCUCACCACCCUCUGCCACUAUUAGCAACCCUCUCUCUGUCUCUGUCUCUCUCUCUUUCUACAACUAAUAAAUCAACGAACCACCGUCCCACAAUUAUCACUGUCAUUGGGGCAACCAUCAUAGCCAUCUGGGCAACCAUCACAGCCACGACCAUACUACCCAUUUACAGAGCACAAACACAAACCCCCAAUCACCCUAAUCGAAGCAAGGAUUCUGGAGGAUCAGAGGUGAAAGCAACUCGUCGAAAUUCGUGA